UGCCUCCACACCCUGAAGGUGGGCUGGAAGGUGUGCUGGGCCAAGGUGAAGGAGGAGGAGGAGCAGAGCCGCGUGGCCUUCCUCUCCCACGACAUCAGCAUGCUGCGCCUCUUCGAGACCUUCCUGGAGAACACCCCGCAGCUCACCCUGCUCCUCUACGUUAUCCUGCGGACAAACAAGGCAGAGCCCUCCCAGGGACUGGGGAUCUGCACUGCGUUCAUGUGUGUGUCCUGGUCUCUCCUGGACUACCACCAGUCCCUGCGCUCCUUCUUGCAGGACAAGCAUAAGCUGAGCCUGGGCUCCUCCAUCGUCUACUUCCUGUGGAAUCUCUUCCUCAUCUGCCCCCGCGUCCUCACGGUCGCUCUCUUUGCCCUGCUCUGGCCCUAUAGCGUGGCUGUCCACUUCCUCCUUGUGUGGCUAGCGAUGUUCCUCUGGGUCAGCCUGCAGGGCACAGACUUAAUGGAGUCGCCCGGCCCCGAGCAGCUCUACCGGGCCAUGGUGGCCGUGAUCCUCUACUUCAGCUGGUUCAAUGUGGCGCAGGGGAGGACACUGUACCGCAGCAUCAUCUAUCACGGCUUCAUCCUGGUGGACAGCAUACUGCUGGCCCUGUCCUGGCUCUGGUACCGGUCCCCCUCUGACGAGCACUCGUACCUCAUCCCAGUGGUCUCCGCUGCCCUGCCCUGCUACCUGCUGGGGCUGGCACUCAGAGUCACCUACUACAAGUGGCUGCACCCCAACGUGCAGGUGCAGGAAGAAGGUGGCUACGAUGAGGUGGAUGCCAGCAGGCUGGAGUUGCGCUCGUUCUCAAUGCCAGACCUUGUGAACCGGCGGAUGCAGCGGCUGGCCCAGACCCAGUUCCCAGUCUCCCGGCCCAUGGGGCAGCGCUUUCUGAAUGGGGCUACUGCUGUUGAGUCUGCUGUCUGA